AUGAAAACAAAGCGACGAAAAACACGGCGACCAAACGCCUCAGAGGGUUCAGAGAGUAGAAGAGAAAGCUCAGAGCAGAUCCCAGUCGAUGUCAUCAUCGAGAUACUCUUGAGAUUGCCUGGGAAAUCAGUAGCCAAGUUUUGUUGCGUAUCCAAGCUAUGGGCGUCCUUACCUCGCCGUUCAUAUUUCACGGAGCUGUUCUUGACCAGGUCUUCCUCUCGUCCGCAGCUCUUAUUCGCUUGCCAAAAACACAAUGGGUUAUUCUUCUUCUCAUCACCUCAGCCUCAAAACCCUGAUAAGAACUCGUCUCCUGUAGCCGUCACUUCUCAUAUGAAAAUACCCUUUAAUUUUAAUUUUUCAAAGGAAAGAUUUCCUCCUAUCAGAGGCUUGCUCUUUCUUAGAGGUGAUCAGAGUGUAGAGGGAAGGAGAAUUACGGUAUCUUUGAUAUGUAACCCUACCACUGGACAAUUCUUAACCUUACCCUUACCCAAAGUAACGAGGAUUGGGGUUUGUGUAAGAAACUAUUUCGGGUAUGAUCCGAUUCAGAAACAAUACAAGGUUUUGUGCAUGACCUCUACUGUUACUGGUGGUGGAAGACACAGCGUGGUGUCUGAGGAGCAUCAAGUUCUGACAUUAACUAGAGAGCCGUCAUGGAGAAUGAUCAAAUGUGGCAUACCUCAUCAUCCUUACCGUCACCAGAUAAACAUCAAUGGUAUAUGCAUCAGUGGUGUUUUGUAUUAUACAGCUGCGACAUAUAGGUCUUCAGUGGUUUCCAUGUUAGUUUGCUUCGAUGUUAGGUCUGAAACGUUCGGCUUUAUUCAUCUCAAUGAAACUCUCGUUGGAGUCGUGUGUUCUGGAACUCUAAUAAACUAUAAUGGUAAAUUAGGAGCACUUGUUUUGACUGAAGGCCCUAACUCGAUUAAGGCUAGUGUUUGUAAGACAACUAGUAGUUUUAAGCUGUGGAUUUUACAAGAUGCUGUAAAAGAGGAAUGGUCAGAGCAUACAUACUUCUUGUCACCUUCGUGCCGAGAUAUAAUCGGAGACAGUCAUUUAAGGUUUGUUGGAGUGACUCGGAGAAAUGAAAUUGUCUUGUCACAACUCUACCACACGUGGAACCAAAACGCGCCUUUUUACAUUUACUACUACGAUACCGAGACAAAAAGGGUUGUCAGAGUCAGAAUCCAAGGAAUGGAAGCAUCUAUUGGUAAUAAAGUUUGCACAUUUAUAGACCAUGUCGAAAAUGUGUUUGAAAUUGUUUAA